AUGUCCGACCAACGAAAACUAGUCACGCGGGGUCGGAAAGCUUGCACUGCUUGCCGUCAAGUCAAAUUGCGCUGCGAUAGUAUGCAAACAUUUCCUGCAGCUUGUUCGAGAUGUAAGCAAAAUGGUAUCAACUGCCAAACGGAUCCUACGUUCAAACGAGUACGGACGAGACAUCGACUAGAAGAAUUUACGAGUCAGCUUAAUGCUAUACAGAAGACUCUUGGUAUUUUGCCUUCAACAUCGAGUCCUUCUGCGGGUACGCCCUCAAACCAGUCACUAUCACCACCAGAUGAAACAACAAACCGCCCCAACGUCUCUUUCUCAAUAUCAAACGACUUACUAGAAACUGUUUACACUAACCCGCAGGAAAAAUUGUUCUUCAGAUGUCUUAGCAAUAUAGAUUUCCCACCGGUUGCCCCUGUCAUUGGCAACGUCUCGAUAGAUAACAGUCAAGUAAAAAUGCUGUUCAAACAAUUUGGGGAGCACCAUUACCGCCAUUGCCCUGUCCUUAAUGUGGAGCUAUCUAUAGAUGAAUUGUACCAAAGUUCGUCUUUCCUAUUCUGGACCAUCGUUGUCAUUGCUAGCCAGUGCCAUGAAUCUCACAACGAAUUGCAUACAUCACUUCUUCGGCCUUACCGCCAAUUAUUGGGUGAAAUUCUGGUCGGUCCAUUACUGUCGAUUGAGCCUAUACAAGGACUCAUUCUACUUUGCAAAUGGCCACUUCCAGUUGCCAAACAGAAGGAAGACCCAAGCUGGAAUUACAGUGGUCUGUUAAUCAAUGCUGCAAUACAAUUGGGCUUACAUAAGACCUCGUGUGGAGUCGAUAACCCGAUGUGCUUAGUAAAAGAAGCGAGAAGGCGGACUAAAACAUGGGUGGCAAUUCUACAGGUCAGCUCCAGAUACGUCUGGUAUUCCGGUCACUCUUUAUCCCCCGAACUAUUGAAUGGCCCACUACAAACAUUAGACCCUCCUCUGACGCCUUCGGAAAGCGACUUUCUCACUAAGUAUAAAAUCCAGAGACAGUCAAUCAAGUCCGCAAUCUUCAUGUGCAACCUAAAGGAAGCCCCAGAAUCUUUCCCAGUCGCUCAAAUACUUCUUGAGGACUUGGAAGACAUCAAAAGAAUAUCGUCCGUCUCAUGGGGUCCAGAAUGCGAGGUCAUAUUUCUGGGCGCGCAACUCAGUAUAUAUGGAUUUCACCUCCAACAGUUUCCAGCUCAAUCACAUGCAGAGUUCGCAAAUUCGGACAUCCAAUCUUCAAGAAAGGUGCUCAUUCAAUCCGGAUUCUCGGUCGCGGUCCGCAUCAUCCACAUCUUUUCCGAAAUGACACGUCCGCAACAGUCCCCUCAAAGCACAUUGUCUUCAAAAGACGUCAACGCCGAACAGCUUCAGAAAUCUCUCCCCAAGCACUAUUUCAUCACUCUAGUCUUCGCAAUAACGUUCAUUUUCAAAAUCGUUGCCUCAACGCCGGAGAGCUCACUGCUCGGUAACGACAUAGCAAGGAAUCACAUUCACCUCGCCCACGAGAUCCUCUCCACUUUAUCCAUGCACCCGAUGGAUGAGGCUUCCAGAGCAGCUACCAUGAUCAAGGUAUUAUCUGGAGCUCAAGGCCUCUCUGGGCUUCGUCUCCACGAGGUUAGAUCCGGUGGGCGCUUGCGGCUCGGCAUAAUGGAAGAUGUUAUCAGUACUGCAAAGGUGAUUAGGGAGGAAAAUUCGUUUGUUAAUCCAGACUCAGGCUCAGGCUCAGCGGCUCACCAGCAAAUUUCAGAUCUUCAAAUUGCCGAAGAUCACCAAAUGCGGUUUUCCGAGGCUGCUGAGCCGUCGGAGUGGGACAAUUUGGAUAUGUUGCUGGGCGGGUCUAAUAGUUUUGGUUGGAACGGACAGUGGGAACUUGACUUACUGGGUUCGGAGCCUCAAGACGCAUCGCCAGGUACUGAUUCUUUCUAG